AUGUCUUUCCGGAACAACCUACAACAGUACAUAGACAACCCCGGCCACGAGCUGGUGGUGUAUAGCGAUGAGCAUACUGUGGUCAUAGAAGACAAGUAUCCAAAGAGCGUGUGCCAUUACCUCGUCUUACCAAAGGACGACGCUGUGACGUACAUCCAUCCUUGCAUAGCUCUCAAAGAUAAGUUUCUCCGCGAGAAGAUCACACCGGCAAUCGAAUUCGCAAAGAAACUCGCGGCAGAAGAAUUCGUAAAACGGAAUCUUAUUCCGGACACGCCAAAUCUGCGCGCCUCAUUCUGUAACACCUACGUGAAGGUUGGUGUCCAUUCAGUACCAUCUAUGGCCAAUCUUCACAUACAUGUUUUAACGCGAGACAUGCAUCUGCCAUGCAUGAAAAACAGAAAACACUACAAUUCAUUUAAUACCGACUUCUUUGUGGAACUUUCGAAGUUCGACGAGGAAAUUGAGACAUCCAGCGACGAAAGCUCGGACAGUUCCAGUUCCAUCUCCAGUGAGACUGCCAACAGCCCAGACAUAAAAAGCAGCCCACCACGGAAAAUCCAGAGCCAGCUCCCAAUAUCCGCCGAUGGCAGAAUAUCCGGAUCCAUUGACGGGAACAGUCGGAUUAUUCGCGUCCACAGCGACGCGGCACCCCGGACACCAGCGAAACUGAAACCCAAUGUGGUAACCAUGCGCACAGUGUCUCACCAUUCCAAAACCACAAAAAACACAGCCGUACAGCAGAUCUCCGACCAAUUAAAAAAGCCCCUCCAGUGUUGGCACUGCACCAAGACCUUCGGCGGCAGGUUCGUGCAGCUCAAGGAACACUUGAGGGGAGAGUUUCACGGACGGUUUCAUGCCGUCGAUUGA